AUGCUUGAGGAAUUUAAUUUCCUCGCUCUCCCUGGUGCAAAAUCGUUCCCCAUCACAAAACCGGAGCAGCUGGCCAGUGUUAAACUGCCCGAAGAUUCUCAUAAAUUGAGUUUAGCUAAGGCCUGUCAAGCCACACCUAUAUGUUACACGUAUGCUUCUGUAGCAGACAUUGUUGGUGCCGUGACACAAACCGAAAUGAAUCUGCAGAAACUUAGACAGACGAGAAAUGCACAGAAAGCUGUUAUUGCACACUAUAUGCAGAAACUCGAGACCGCCGGAGAAAAUACAGAAAAUGCAAUCGAGUUUGAAACAAUACUUCAGGCGAUAGAGGGAAAGUAUAAAACGUUAGAAGCGAUAAAUGAAAAGAUUUUAACACAAACAGACGGGGAAGAUAUUGAGAGCGAGAUGCUAGAAACUGAAGACUACAUGCUUAAUCUUCAAAUUAAAAUACGGAACUUUCAGGCGCUCAUGAAACAGAGUACCACGCCGCCACCGCCGACGCCGGAAAUUCACCGUAUUGAUGAUCUCAACAGAAAUGAGAGUAGCCGGAGCACAAGUACAGGUACAGAAAUUCAGUUUCAUAACCUACCCAAGUUAAAUUUCCCUACAUUCAGUGGUAACAUAUUAGACUGGCAGACUUUUUGGGAUUCAUUUGAGUCUAGCGUGCAUCUCAACUCGUCACUUUCUCAAGUUCAGAAAUUUAGCUACUUAAGAUCACUACUCCAUGAGGGUGCUGCACAAGUAAUUGAGGGAUUUCCACUUACGCAUGGCAACUAUCUUAAGGCUGUAGACCUGCUACAAGAACGCUUCGGACAAACUCACAUGAUAGUAGAUGCUUAUAUGCAAGCUUUGAUGGAUUUACCCCGACCGACUAACAAUUUAUCUAGUAUGAGAACAUUUACUGACAAACUAGAAUCGUACAUCAGAGGUCUAGAAUCACUCGGUCAAUGCCAGGAGUCUUAUGGCAGUCUACUAGUUCCAGUCAUCAAAGAAAAGCUUCCGGCGGAAGUUAGACGCAACAUUACCCGCGACCAUGGUGAUAGCCACUGGCAGCUACCGACCUUAAGAGCAGCACUGAAGAAAGAGAUCACCAUCAUUGAAGCUGGCCAGCCUAUUGACACUAAAGAACUUUAUGAUUCGACUGCUAUGUUCCAUACAGGUACCAAGUCCAAGCCAGGCGGUAUCCAGAGAAACCGGAAACAACAUGAUCGAAAAAAUUCACGCACAUCCUGUCCAUUUUGUGGUGAGCAUCACAGUGCCACUUUCUGUACCAAAGUAAGUUCUUUUGCUAAAAGAAUAGACAUUGUUAAAAGAAAACACUUAUGUUUUAAUUGCUUAGGAAAUCACCAGGUGUCCUCCUGUCGUUCAAACUUCCGUUGUCGCCAUUGCCGAAGGAAGCAUCAUUCAAGCAUCUGUAAUAAGAGUCCGAGUGAAAAUUGCAACCUUGAUCCUACAAUAGCCCCCUUCGAACCUUCUACUUCCGGUCAGUCUAUUACCAGUUCAACAGAACAGUCAGCUGCGUUUCAUUUAACCACUCAUAACAAAACUAAUGUCCUUCUGAAGACCGCCAUUACGAAAGUUAGUUCUAGGAGAUGCAUCGCCGACGCAAAUAUCUUGUUUGACGAGGGUGCACAGAGGUCAUUCAUUACGGAGGAACUUGCAGACAAACUCGAGCUUCAGCGUACCGGAAGUGAAGUAAUACAUAUAGCUGCCUUUGAUUCCUCCACACAGAAGGUCAAGCAUAUUGAAACAGCGACAGUGUACCUGCUCACAGAAUGCAAUGACAAGAUACCAGUCAACGUCCUGGUGGUUCCUACAAUAGCUGUCCCAUUACAGAAUCUGCAGCGUUCUGUGUCCUCACUUCCAUAUUUACGAGAUUUGAAGUUGGCUCACCCGGUAACAGAUGAUGAUACAUUUGAUAUUUCGCUUGUGAUUGGAGCCGACAAGUACUGGGACAUCGUAGAAAACGAAGUUGUCAGAGGUUGCGGACCGACAGCUGUGAAAUCUAAGAUAGGAUACCUCCUGUCCGGUCCACUUCCGGAUACCAGUAGUAAGUCAUCAACACAGUACAUCAUGAAUGUCAUCACCGCUCCGCCAGAUCUUUACAACUUAGAGAGGUUCUGGAAGCUUGAAUCUUUGGGUGUAAGUGUACAGGAAGAAACAGAUGCUACUUCAGAUAGACUUAAAACUUACCAGAAGAACAACUUUGAUUUCAAAGAUGGACGAUACAUAGCUAAAUUACCAUGGGAAGAGGAUCAUAAACUUCUCCCUGAUAAUUACAAUAUAACAUUGAGACGUACACAAAACAACAUCAGACGUCUUCGUGAAACGCCAAAACUUUUACAGAAAUAUGGAGAAAUUAUUGCUGACCAAGAGCAAAGAGGAUUCAUUGAAAGGAUUAACGAGAACCAGUCAUCCAGCCAAGUACACUACAUACCGCAUCAUGCUGUUAAAAAAGAAUCCUCAACGACUCCUAUCCGGAUUGUCUUUGAUUGUAGUUGCCGCGAGUCACGUGAUUCUCCAAGUUUGAAUGAUUGUCUCGAAAGUACACCACCGGAGUUAAAUGACCUAACAGGAAUUUGA